AUGGUUUUGGGCAUAUCAACCCAGUCGAGGGUCACACCGUACCUGAUAUAUCUCGUAUUUGUUGUCACACUUGGUCCGCUUCAAUUUGGCUUCCACCUGGCAGAGCUUAAUGCCCCCAAGGCCGUGAUAACAUGCGAACAAAGUGGAAUCCUAACUUCCGUGUCUUUUCAUGAUCUACCGCAAUGCUUCCCUAUGACUCCAUCGCAAUUCGGCCUCGUCUCUUCGAUCUACACACUCGGUGGCUUGGUCGGAGCUCUACUGGCAGGACCCAUCGCGACCAAAUACGGACGUCUGCUUGCAUUACGAGCGACUACGGUAUUCUUUGUUCUGGGCCCUGUGGCGGAGACACUUGCACCGGCGAUUUCCCUCUUGAGUCUUGGUAGGUUCCUCUCUGGAAUUGGCUCUGGUGCUGCAAUUGUGGUUGGUCCCAUCUACAUCUCGGAAGUCGCCCCUCCCAGUGCUCGAGGCCUCUUCGGUGCCUUCACCCAGAUUAUGACCAAUGUCGGCAUUCUGUUGACACAAUCCCUGGGAUACUUCUGGAGCGAAGCAAGCCGCUGGAGACUGAUACUGGCCGUGGCCGGAAUUAUCGGUGCUCUGGAGCUUCUGGGAUUGUCCUUGGUACCAGAAAGUCCUUCAUGGCUUGCGGAACACCAAAAGAUCAGUCAGGCACGCCGGGUCCUGCAGCGGAUCCGCGGUCGAGAUGCCGACAUCGAAGCGGAGAUUGCGAGCUGGAGGACCUCAGAUGCGCCUGCAUCUGGCGAGGAAGAAUCCCUACUCUCUCCCGAAGACAGGCCGCCUAAUAAGCCUGUAGUCACGUUUAUGCAGGUUGUCCAAGAUCCCUACUACCGCCCGGCUAUUAUUGCCGUGGUUGGCGUGAUGGUCGCCCAGCAACUCACCGGGAUGAACAGCAUUGUUAUGUACAGCGUGUCCUUACUACAAAAAAUCUUACCGACGACUGCUGCGUUACUCACGGUGAUUAUCUCUGCGAUUAAUCUCGUGAUCACAUUGGCGUGCUCUCCACUCCCCGAUCGCAUUGGCCGAAAGUCGUGCCUGAUGCUGAGCAUCUGCGGCAUGGGCUGCAGUUCUAUACUUCUCGCGAUUAGUAUCUACAUGAACGCUAAGAUCUUGACGGCGAUCGCUGCCUUGCUUUUUGUGGCAGGUUUUGCGAUCGGACUGGGCCCGGUCCCCUUUAUCCUGGCGUCCGAGCUUGUUGGGCCCGAGGCUGUCGGGGCGGCACAGAGUUGGGCGCUGGGGGCCAACUGGAUCGCAACGUUUGUGGUGGCACAAUUCUUCCCAGUACUCGAUGAGGUUCUCGGUGGUCGUGGACAGGUAUACUGGGUGUUUGCCGCUAUGGCUGCAUUGUUCGGUGGCUUCAUUUAUCGAUAUGUGCCAGAAACCAAGGACAAAGCUAAUGCCGAUGAGGUUUGGGGACGCACAGACCGACGACAAGACUGA